CCAGCCGGGGCGCGGUGGUCCCUACCCGAAGCGCAGGGAGUCGUCGCUGGAGAGGGGCUCGGCGCCCGGCGGGCACUGCAGGCGAUGACUCAGGAUGCAGCCGGGGGCCACGACGUGCACGGAGGACCGUAUCCAGCACGCCCUGGACCGCUGCUUGCAUGGACUCAGCCUGGGCCGCCGCUCCACCUCCUGGUCAGCUGGGCUGUGUCUGAAUUGUUGGAGCCUCCAGGAGCUGGUGAGCAGGGACCCCGGCCACUUCCUUAUCCUGCUGGAGCAGAUCCUGCAGAAAACCCGAGAGGUCCAAGAGAAGGGCACCUAUGACCUCCUGGCACCGCUGGCCCUGCUGUUCUACUCCACCGUCCUCUGUACACCACACUUCCCACCUGACUCGGACCUCCUCCUGAAGGCGGCCAGAACCUACCACCGGUUCCUGACCUGGCCCAUUCCCUAUUGCAGCAUCUGCCAGGAGCUGCUCACCUUCAUCGACGCUGAACUCAAGGCCCCAGGAAUCUCCUACCAGCGACUGGUGAGAGCUGAGCAGGGUCUGCCCGUCAGGAGCCACCGCAGUUCCACCGUCACCGUGCUGCUGCUGAACCCCGUGGAGGUGCAGGCCGAGUUCCUCGCCGUAGCCAACAAGCUGAGCGCACCCGGGCACUCGCCCCACAGCACCUACACUACCCUGCUCCUGCACGCCUUCCAGGCCACCUUCGGGGCCCACUGCGACCUCCCGGGCCUGCACUGCAGCUUGCAGUCCAAGACCUUAGCCGAGCUUGAAGACAUCUUCACGGAGACCGCAGAGGCGCAGGAGCUGGCAUCUGGCAUUGGGGAUGCAGCCGAGGCACGGCAGUGGCUCAGGACCAAGCUGCAGGCGGUGGGAGAAAAGGCCGGCUUCCCUGCCGUCUUGGACACUCCCAGAGCCGGCAAGCUGCACACCAUCCCACUCCCUGUCGCCAGGUGCUACACCUACAGCUGGAACCAGGACAGCUUUGACAUCCUGCAGGAAGUCCUGCUUAAGGAGCAGGAGCUGCUCCAACCAGGGAUCCUGGGGGACGAUGAAGAGGAAGAAGAAGAAGACGACGAGGAGGAGGAAGAGGAGGAGGACUUGGAUGGGCAUUCUGCAGAGAGGGACUCUCUGCUGUCCACCAGCUCUUUGGCCUCCCGCGACUCCACCCUGUCCCUUGCCUCCUGCCAGGCCUCAGGGCCAGCCCUCUCCCAGCACCUGCUGACUUCCUUUGUGGCCGGCCUCUCGGACGGCAUGGACAGCGGCUACGUGGAAGACAGUGAGGAGAGCGCCUCCGAGUGGCCCAAGAGGCCCGGCCGCCAGGAGCGCCGGGGCCACCGCAGGCCCGGGCAGAAGUUUAACAGGAUCUACAAACUCUUCAAGAGCACUAGCCAGCUGGUGUUGCGGAAGGACUCCCGGGGCCUGGAGGGCAGCCCGGACUCGGCCCUGCCCCUGCGGCGGGCAGGGAGCCUCUGCAGCCCCCUGGACGGCCCGGCCUCACCCCCGUCCCGGGCCCAGCGCUCCCGCUCCCUGCCCCAGCCCAAGCUCAGCACCCAGCUGCCCAGCUGGCUGCUGGCCCCCGCCACACGCCCCCAGCGCCGCCGCCCCUUCCUGAGUGGGGACGAGGACCCCAAGGCUUCCACGCUCCGUGUUGUGGUCUUCGGCUCUGAUCGGAUUUCAGGGAAGGUGGCUCGGGCAUACAGCAACCUCCGGACGCUAGAGAGCAGCCGCCCACUCCUCACGCGCUUCUUCAAGCUCCAGUUCUUCUAUGUGCCUGUGAAGCGAACCGGAACCGGCUCCAGCGCCUGUCUGGCCCCUCAGAGCCAGACGCCCCCACUCCCUACAGACUCCCCGAGGCACCCCAGCCCUGUAGAGCUGGGCUCCGCCCCGUGGGAGGAGAGCACCAAUGACAUCUCCCACUACCUCGGCAUGCUCGACCCCUGGUAUGAGCGCAACGUGCUAGGCCUCAUGCACCUGCCCCCGGAAGUCCUAUGCCAGCAGUCCCUGAAGGCUGAACCCCGGCCCCUGGAGGGCUCCCCAGCCCCGCUGCCCAUCCUGGCUGACAUGCUACUCUACUACUGCCGCUUUGCCGCCCGGCCGGUGCUGCUGCAGGUCUAUCAGACAGAGCUGACCUUCAUCACGGGGGAGAAGACCACGGAGAUCUUUAUCCAGUCCCUGGAGCUGGGUCACUCUGCUGCCACGCGGGCCAUCAAGGCUUCUGGCCCCGGAAGCAAGCGGCUGGGCAUUGAUGACGACCGGGAGGCCAUCCCUCUAACACUACAGAUUAUUUACAGCAAGGGGGCCAUCAGUGGGCGAAGUCGCUGGAGCAACCUGGAGAAGGUCUGUACCUCUGUCAACCUCAACAAGGCCUGCCGGCAGCAGGAGGAGCUGGACUCCAGCAUGGAGGCCCUGACGCUACACCUGACGGAAGUGGUGAAAAGGCAGAACCCCAAAUCCAAGAAGAGCUUUAACCAGAUUAGCACGUCCCAGAUCAAAGUGGACAAGGUGCAGAUCGUCGGCUCCAGCAGCUGCCCCUUCGCCGUGUGUCUGGACCAGGACGAGAGGAAGAUCCUGCAGAGCGUGGUCAGGUGUGAGGUCUCUCCCUGCUACAAGCCGGAGAAGAGCAGCCUCAGCCCACCGGCCCAGACGCCCCCCGACCUGCCGGCCCGGGCAGCCCCUGACCUCUGCUCCCUCCUCUGCCUGCCCAUCAUGACCUUCAGCGGGGCCCUGCCCUAGCCCGGCCCUGGCUGCACGCUGGAUGGGAGCUCGGAGGCAGCUUCUGCUGUUCACCCGCUCUCUGAGGAGCCCUGUGCUGGGGCGGGCUCCUCCUGUGCACCCUACCUCAGGCAGGGGGCAGGGGCUGGAUGGUUUCUGGGGCCUCCGGGAUCUGGGAAAGAAACAGGCCUUAGGGACAGAGGGGCCUGGCCACGUAGCCACUCAGAUAGA